AUGGAAGGUGAAUUUUCGGUAGCAAAAACACCCAUAAAUCUUCACAAUUUUCUAGAGGAUUACCAAAAGACUUUGUCAGGCACAGCAACCGAAACGCCUUUCUUCCUGGAAUCUCAUCCUGUGCUCAUAGACGUAAGCGAAAGUUGUUCUCUGGAUCAGAUUGCAUCACCGGAGGAUACCGCCAUUUCCAUAUUUCAACCGGGUGCCGAGUUUUCACGUCCCACCUUUCAACCCCAAGAGGGUCAAAAGUUGCCAAGAACAUAUACUGCACUGGCCCAGCAAAAAUGUAGAACUAGGAAAUGCGCUUUUGGCCGCACACCCUACACAUACAAGUUAAACACCGUACCUAUGGGGGAAAGUGAUCUUGGCCAGGAAAAUAACUGGGAGCUAGAGCUUACGAUUCGCCUGUACAGACCACCGCGGGCUUCUCACAGGGGCUAUAAGGUGGAAAGUCCCGUCUUCGCAGAGGAGUACGUAUGCCUGGGGAGUAAUUUCUUAACUGAGUUUCGCGACAAAAUAAGCUGCAUUUGUAAUGGCAAACGCUUCGUGGACAUCAGCAGUAAUCCCGACGCUCCGCUUCCAACCAUCACAACGAAUUCCGGGUACUUCUUUAUCAACAACACUUUCUACAAUGACAUGCGAAAUCCCGAAAACUGCGACUACUCGGCUGCGGUGAUAAACUGGGCAGGCGUGGCAGAUGUCGUUCAGCGCGAACCUUUCAAAGUAGAGCAUAUGGAGGGAAAGCGUUUCAUCGAUCUGACCGUGACUCCUGGAUCUCCACUCCACUACCUGCAUCACGGAAACUGCGAACAUCUCUUUGUUGUGUCGCAGGUGGAAGUACUAACGCCAAGCAGAAAACGUCCGGAUCGCAGUGCUUAUCCUUAUCCGCGUUCCAUUAACGUGUUCAACCGACGGACCUGCUACAUGUGCGGCUUACGAAGCUACCACUUCAUUGUCGAACAGUCGCGACGACAGCUGCACGAUCCCUCCUACCUGUGUCGCAGCUGCUUUCUCAGUUUUCACUAUGUGGAUGGACAAAAAGUGGGUCACUUCAAGGCUUAUCGUAUAUAUGAUCAUUCCGAAGAGAAAAGUGAGGACGACAAGGAGGAGCAUGUAUCUGGAAAUGAAGUUGAUGAAAAUGACAACGACAAUGGGAUCCUUUUGAACUGAAUUGGGCUUCGAAAGACACCAACCACUUCUCAGAAAAAAAAAAACAUUUUAUAUCAUAUAGUUUAGGUAAAAUACCUAUUGAACGACCCUCGUAUUUUAUUGUAAAAUAUUUUGAGAUAAAUUUAAAUAAAAUACAUACACAUUGCAACAAGAGUAA